ACCGCAAGCACCGUUCUCGGGUUCUGUGCUCGUUGAGCUGCUAUUGGUGUUGUCUUUUGGAGCUGAUACUUGGAGUGCGUUUCUGAUUUUGGCCGAAUUUGUCGAUGAUCAAAGUUUCGCUACAUCGGAUGUGUACUUUAUUCCCUCCCCAUUGAUGGGUGAUGUGCUGUGUGAAAAACCAAUCAUACGGGAAAUUGUGUCUACGGUAAAACGGCCGUUUCGAGGCGCCGCCGGCGGUACAUUCAUAUGCGUACGCCGCUAGUUGAAAGGAAGAGUGGUAAUUGAACCAAAAUAAAUAAAACCCCAUGCGGCCGACCGGGAUGAAACGAACCUGCGCCCGUCGCUCGUUUUCCUCUCGCUGGAAAAGCGGGCCCUAGUGUGGAUCGUUUUAAUGGACAGUGCAAAAAAAUAUUUUGCUUAUUAACUUCCAAUUUCAAGCAGGGCCGAAAUCGCAGUCAGUUUAUUCUACCGCGGUAUAUGCGCUGACCCAUCGAUAACAGCGCCGACGUUCUAGUGGAAACUCAAAUGUGCGUUGGGAAACUCGUGCCGGUGUGAUGGUUAGAUUCGGGAAACAGAUGAAAAGAAACGCAAACGCGCCAAAUUGAAAUCCUAUCGAGCCCGGAAGAAGAAUAAUAAAAACAACAAUAACAACUAUACGAAGGCAGUCACGCGCGGGGAACGUGAAAUUGUUAAUCCAUGACCAGUGUUAAUUUGUUAUUUAUUGAAAAACAUAAAUAAAUCAAAUUGAAACUUCAAUCAUUUUCCGAACGAAAAAGACGCUGAGACGAGGUGAAGCAAAAAAAAACGAUUUCGGAAAAUACGAUCGACUUUGUAAUCGAAGACUGUUGCAGAAUAUCUUCAUUUGCGAACCGUCGGUGUUUUUUGUGGUGCAUAUAUGAAACAUAUUUUGCUGGUAUUUAGUAAAAUCUGCAAUAUUGCAUUGUCCUCAAUAGUUCUUGUUUACACAGUGAGCAGGAUUUGAAAGUUUAGUUCGAAGGCUUUUAAUCACUAUAAUUAGUGGAAACAGUUUACCUCAGUUUCGGUUUAUUGGAUCAGACAAUACGAUAAGAUGAAUCUGACAAUGAAACUGCUGAUUCUGUUCUCAUUCCUGCUGAUUUAUUCAUCCGGUCAUCGGAUACAACUGUCGGACUCCAUUCUGGACAUCAUCAACACCCGGCACGUGGAGCGGGUCCUGGCGGAGCGAAGAAUGAACGCGUCACGGGACGAGAGACGAUACCUGGUGCAGAACGAGCUGAUGGACGAGGAAGCGACGGAGGACAGUACCGGUGAUGUGUACCAAACGCCGGAGGUAGCGAUCGAUUUCGAUUUCAACGGGCGGCGGCAGUCCGCCUUGGUAACGCCAGCUUUCAACGAGAGUGGUGGCCCUGGCGGUGGCGGCGGUAGUUUUCAGUAUCAGCCCUCGGCGGGAUCCUCCCCGAAUGCGGAUAUUUUGGCUGAUUUACAAGCGUACCGAGGGGACAAGUUGCUCAAGUCGAGCAAAAAUGCACUGGUGGUGACGCGGAAGGAGUACCUGAAGAAGGAUUGGUGCAAAACAGAACCACUGGUGCAACGGAUUCGGGAGGAGGGCUGCCUGAGUCGGACGAUCAUCAAUCGCUUUUGCUACGGACAGUGCAAUUCGUUCUACAUUCCAAAGUCGCCCAGGCGUAGGCGGCAUGGCGGUGGUGGAUCCAAUGCGGCCGGCCGAAACGGUCAUCACGGUGGCCAUCACGGUGGUGGUGGUGGUGGUGGUCGGCGAGAGGUGGAUUUGGAUUUCGAGGAUGAAGAUUUGACGGGGCCAGCGUUUCGCUCGUGUGCUUUCUGUAAGCCUAAAAAGUUCACUUGGAUCACGGUGACGCUGCGGUGCCCCUCGCUGGUGCCACAGCUGCGCCGGAAGCGCAUCCAACGCAUCAAGCAGUGUAAAUGCAUUGCCGAGCCAUUGAAUUAGAGUUGUUGUUAUUAUUAUUAUUAAUGCUAUUAUUAGUGCUGUUGCUAAGGAUGGGACGUGAAAGUGGAAUGCGUAUGCGGGCUGUUUUGCGAGUGGGAUGUUUGAGGUGCGCGAAAGUGACAGUCUUAGUGCGGCCCAGCGCACAACUGUGGGAUUGAGAGUAGGUUUUAUUUUGUUUUUUUUUGUUUUAAGUUUUUAGUUCUGUUUAAUAGUCUUGUUUUGUUUUAAGAUUUGAGAUAUCAUUGAGUGCUCGUGUACUGGUGUCGGAGGCUGUCUUUGGAGCAAUGUGUCAGUUGGACUAAGAAAUACAAGGGGAAGAGAAAGGCACAGUUUGGAGUUGGAAUUUUAUAUGCUUGCAGAGCAUAUUUUUAUGUUGUUUAUUGUCCAGCGAAUUGUUGAAAAUGAAGAAAUAUGUGUAAAAUGUAUAAUUUUGAGGAACAGAGUAGAAAUUUUCCUUCGCAUUUACCUGGGCGGUGAUCAAAAGUUGUUUCAUUUAUGUAAAAUUUGGAGCAUUUGACAUUUUGUUACUAUAUAAAAACGGGGCUUUGAGGUUUAAGAAAUGAGAAUUUUCUGCAAUGCCGGGAACGAAGCUCUGUCGCUUCUGCACGAUACAUACGAUGAAGACUACAAUCGUAUACUGUACCGAUUUAUCUCUUCUUGAAGAUUCGCAGAUGCUUGAAUUGUCUAUAGUCGGAAUGUCUACGAUUUGUACCGCUGUUGAAUUCGAAAGAACCACAUAACCAACCAACAACGACGGUGCUGAUUCAUAGUUCACCGGAACAGAAGCUGCUCCAAGGCACACCUUCUUCACCUUGGAUGCGCACAAAAAUCAACAACGCGCAGAUUUAUCGGAUUAGUGGCAUCGAAUGUCACAUUACAAUAAUCAAUCGUUUGCCAUUUGUUAGCGGAUUAUCUAUCCGAAUUGGAGCUGGCGUAGCGUGCUUUUUGCCGCCAUCUUAUUAUUGUAUGUAAACAGGUGCUAAUCAACGCGGUGAGUCACGCUCCAAAGUCGCUGUGCGUUGUCGUGGUCGUCGUUGCCGCUUGACUGUCUACGACGGAACGUCAGGUAGGUAACCUGAUUCCUGGCACCGUUUUCACCCCGUCAAAUACUCUUCUAUCGCCGGACGCCGCCCAUCCGCGGGAAUGAGAUAAUGCCAGCCAGCAGAAGUGACAGUAAAUAGCGAUAUUGAAUAAAUUAUAGACCUCCCCGACCAAGGGGUGUAAAUUAUUGAACACAGUUUAUUUUUACUUUGAUUUUUCUGUGUUUCGGAAACAAAACACGCGAGGAAAGCUCAAAAUAUACAAACGUUGGGAACAGACCAGCCCCCAAAGUUAAGUAAAUCUGCGCAAGUGACUCAUCCGUGCCGGUCAACACCACCCGAAACAGGUUAUGGACCAUAAUGACCAUAGUCGCAUGGGCUGGCGAUGAAAAAAGAGCUUUGAGAAGUUAUAAAAAUUAUCAAUAAAAACCGUCGCUUACGAAAAAAUGGAGCCUGCGUUGUGAAUUAAUUUUUGCACGCCCGAUCUCCCGACGACGCUUUUUUGAGACUUUAUGGCACUAUUGCAGGCCACCGCGCGGAAGCGAUGAGUCAAACCACCGCAAAAUAUGUCAUCGCGUGUAGAUUAGUUUGCGGGUGGUUCGGUUCUGCUAUAUAUGUAGUAUAUGCAGCUUAUAUAUGGAAGGUGUGAUGGACAGCUGAGUUUCUAACCGAUGGUCACUUUGGCGGUCUACUCUGUUCCUUUGCGUAUUUUAAACAUGGAAUCUGGGAAAAAUGAAUAAAUUCAAUUAAUAUUUUGUUUUUAGGUACACGACUUUUUUUUAUUGAACAUGAACAUUUCGUGUCAGAAUUAACUCUUUCAAUGGUAUUUAACGGUGUUUUCAAUAAUUAUCUAUAUGUGCUCCAACUGUUUACAACCCAUUAAUUCAUUGAUCCAAUAAGGCUCGGAACCAGACAGCCAAAUAGCAGUGCACGAGUUUAUUUAGAUCUGUAAGCCCCAAUCACACUCAUGAAACCGUAUCCACCUUCAAUGAUAAGAAAUAACGUAUUUAUUAUAAAACUACAGGCGACCCCGUAGGACAUAGAAGUAACAGAAUAGUCGAACAUUAUUUUUGUAAAAAAUAUAAAAGAAAAAAUACCACUACGAACGAAACGACACAAGAAAAAAAAUAAAAUAAUCAAAUUAUGUUCAUAAGCUGAGAUUAACGAAUACUUGGUGGCCAUUAGAAUAACCAAUUGUAAUCGCUAUAACCCUCUGUCCCUACGAGAAGGGGUUCUUAGUUGGUAGGAUGCUUUAAAAAAAUAUUCUUUUGUUUCUAAGCGUUGAACAUAAGCAUUUCAUGUUGCAUAAUAAUAACCGCUGACGGUGGCCAGCUUCUUGCACAGCUAAAUAUAAUUGUUAUUUAUUAAACAAACGGAAAAGCUCUAAAACAAAUGUUCCUAUUAAAAUGUAAAAUUAAGUCAAGAGUAAAUAGAUUUUACGCAGUUUGUAAUUUAUUUGUAUCGACUUUAAUUUCUUAAAACCAUAGACCCUUUAAAUGUAGCAACAAACAACCAGUGGCGCAUCUUUUUAGUCCGUAAACAUAAUUGGUGACUAGCCAAACAUGACCAUAAUUACGAAUUACGAGAGGUGUGAUCUAUUAAAAAAGCGUAGACCAUGACUAAGUAGAAUUUUGUAUUAGAAAAAAGUGCUUUGUAAUCGUUCUUUAUGCUUUUUUUCUAGCCAGUCAAUGCAAAAGAACGAAAACACGAGCUAAUACAAGAUUGGUAGUGGAAAGAAACAACAAAAAAAGUCCAAUAAAAGCUCUCAA